AGGGCGCGAUCGUGAUUCCGUUAGUUCACUGGCUCCGCCGGCGGGAAAACCCAAGCUCGCGCCCCGCCUUCAAGAGCGCACCCAUGUCAGGGAGGCUUUCUUUGGGCUUGGGGGCGAUGAGGCUGCGCUCUGGUCAAGGAAUUCUUCGGGCAGGUGGCGCGGAUAUUUCUUCAGAUAGUGGCCAGCCAGGUCUCCCUGGGUUUAGGGAUGAGAUGGCCCCGAUUCCUUCAGUUUGAGGGAUGAAGUGGAUGGGAUUACAUCAUUUGGGGAAAGCAUGCAGAUGGGUCCCUUUAAGUUUGGAGCAAGAGGUGAAAAUACAUUCCACUCAGUAUGAAGGAAGAGGUGGGAUGAUUUCCCUUUAGUUGGGGUAAGAAGAUGCCCCUCAGCUCUGGGAAAAUGAUGUGAUGACUCAGUUUGAGUGGGGAGGUAGAACAUAUUUUUCCUCAGUUUGGGCGAAGAAGUGGGGUGGUUGCUUCUCAGCUUGAAUGAAAAAUGGAGCCGGUCCUCCUCAGUUUGGGGCGAGAUUAGCCGAAUGCCUCCUCAGGUUUGGGGGAAAAGGUGAGUGGGUCCCUCUUAGUUUGAAGGGAAUUGAUAGGCUGGGUUUUCCAUAGUUUAGGGAAAGAAGAUACGUUCCCUUCAGUUUCAAGAAAAAGGUGAGGAGACUUCCUUGUAGUUUGAUGGAAAGUGUGGCCGUGUGCUCCUCGGUUUGGGAGAUAAAGAGGAACAGCUUUCUUUUCAGCCUGGGGAGAGCCGGGCCUAAUCUAGGCCUUGGAGUUUCUGGGGACUUGGAGGACAGCGUUGUCCCUCACGGCUUUCUGGGCGCGCCCAAUGCGCGUGCGCAGCUCUGGUCUGGGCGGGGGCCCGUAGGGGGUCCUAGGCUCCGGAGGGUGGCGGCGCACUGCCACCUGCAGUCUGCACGGGGCAGCGUCGGGGCCCGAGCCUUUGGUAACAGCAGUGGGCAGCUCGCCGCGGGUCUGCACUAGCUGUGGAGACGCGCCCCUCGGGCCUGGACCCCGCCCCUCCCCCCUCACCCCCCGCAGGCUGCAGCCUUGGGCGGGUGGGACAGUAGUGCCUCUGGAAGGCUGUGGGGGCUUACAGUUCUGAAACCGGGUCGGGGGAGCUUUGAGGAAGGUUUGGAGGAGCGGACUCGAAGGAAUAGGUUUCGGGACUUGGGGGAGAGCUGCACUGGGGGAUUUCCAGAGCUGAGAAUGGUUUAGUGGGGGAGGAGCAGGGGUCCAGAGUCCGGGCGCCCGGAGCACGGUCUAGGAGUCCGGACCCGGCUUGGGGGUUUCGGAGCCAGGAUUGGGGGGAGCGGGCCCCACGUGCUCGUGACGCGGGGGCGGCCGGUAGGCGCGGCGGCGACGCGAGGCCGGCGGCCGUGCGGUGCCGGGAGGGCGGCUAGGCAGUCGGCAGGAUGCUGUGCGCAGCACUACCGCUGCUCUGGCUGCCCCUGGCGGGGGCGGCCGCAACCGAAGAGCCCACCCGGGAGCCGGGGUCGCCCAGCGAGCCUCCUCCAGGGCUGGCGCUCUUCCGCUGGCAGUGGCACGAGGUGGAGGCGCCCUACCUGGUAGCCCUGUGGAUCCUGGUGGCCAGCCUGGCCAAAAUAGUGUUUCACUUGUCUCGGAAGGUGACAUCACUGGUCCCUGAGAGCUGCCUGCUGAUUUUGCUGGGACUGGUGCUUGGAGGCAUUGUCUUGGCUGUGGCCAAGAAAGCUGAGUACCAGCUGGAGCCAGGCACGUUCUUCCUCUUCCUGCUGCCUCCUAUUGUGCUGGACUCAGGCUAUUUCAUGCCUAGCCGGCUGUUCUUUGAUAAUUUGGGUGCCAUCCUCACCUAUGCUGUGGUGGGCACACUCUGGAAUGCCUUCACAACAGGUGCUGCCCUCUGGGGCCUGCAGCAGGCUGGACUUGUGGCCCCUCGAGUGCAGGCCAGCUUGCUGGACUUUCUGCUAUUUGGGAGCCUCAUCUCAGCGGUGGACCCUGUGGCUGUGCUGGCUGUCUUUGAGGAGGUGCAUGUCAACGACACUCUCUUUAUCAUCGUCUUUGGCGAGUCCCUGCUCAAUGAUGCUGUCACCGUGGUGCUGUACAAGGUCUGCAACUCCUUUGUGGAGAUGGGCUCUGCCAAUGUGCAGGCCACUGACUACCUGAAAGGAGUCGCCUCCCUGUUUGUGGUCAGUCUGGGCGGGGCAGCCGUGGGCUUAGUCUUUGCCUUCCUCCUGGCCCUGACCACACGCUUCACCAAGCGGGUCCGCAUCAUCGAGCCGCUGCUGGUCUUCCUCCUCGCCUAUGCAGCCUACCUCACUGCUGAAAUGGCCUCUCUCUCUGCUAUUCUUGCGGUGACUAUGUGUGGCCUAGGCUGUAAGAAGUACGUGGAGGCCAACAUCUCCCAUAAGUCACGCACGGCUGUCAAAUACACAAUGAAGACUCUAGCCAGCUGUGCUGAGACAGUCAUCUUCAUGCUGCUUGGCAUCUCGGCUGUGGACUCUUCUAAGUGGGCCUGGGAUUCUGGGCUGGUGCUGGGCACCCUCUUCUUCAUCCUGUUCUUCCGAGCCCUCGGCGUAGUCCUGCAGACGUGGGUGCUGAAUCAGUUCCGGCUGGUCCCUCUGGACAAGAUUGACCAGGUGGUGAUGUCCUAUGGGGGCCUGCGUGGGGCUGUGGCCUUCGCUCUCGUCAUCCUACUGGACAAGACCAAGGUCCCUGCCAAGGACUACUUUGUGGCCACCACUAUUGUGGUGGUCUUCUUCACAGUCAUUGUGCAGGGCUUAACCAUCAAGCCACUGGUCAAGUGGCUGAAGGUGAAGAGGAGUGAGCAUCACAAACCCACCCUGAACCAGGAGCUGCAUGAGCACACUUUUGACCACAUUCUGGCUGCAGUGGAGGACGUUGUGGGGCACCAUGGCUAUCACUACUGGAGGGACAGGUGGGAACAGUUUGACAAGAAGUACCUGAGUCAGCUGCUGAUGCGACGGUCAGCCUACCGCAUCCGGGACCAGAUCUGGGAUGUGUACUAUCGACUCAACAUCCGGGAUGCCAUCAGCUUCGUGGACCAGGGAGGCCAUAUCUUGUCCUCCACAGGUCUCACUCUGCCCUCUAUGCCCAGCCGCAAUUCUAUGGCAGAGACAUCUGUCACGAACCUGUUGAGGGAGAGUGGCAGUGGAGCGUGUCUGGAUCUGCAGGUGAUUGACACAGUGCGCAGCGGCCGGGACCGUGAGGAUGCUGUGAUGCACCAUCUGCUCUGUGGAGGCCUCUACAAGCCACGCCGCAGGGUGGUUUGUUUAAAUCAGGAUCCAAAUAAAGCCCACAUUUUGCAUUUGUACAAAGCCAGCUGCAGCCGCCACUUCAUCUCAGAGGAUGCACAGGAACGGCAGGACAAGGAGGUCUUCCAGCAGAACAUGAAACGGCGGCUGGAGUCCUUUAAGUCCACCAAGCACAACAUCUGCUUCACCAAGAGCAAGCCACGACCUCGCAAGACCAGUCGCAAGAAGAAGGAUGGUUUAGCUAACACUGAGGCCACAAAUGGGAAACCUCCUCGAAACCUGAGCGUUCAGGACACAGCUGCUGUGAUCUUAACUGUGGAGUCUGAGGAGGAGGAAGAGAGUGACAGUUCGGAGACAGAGAAGGAGGACGACGAGGGGAUCAUCUUUGUGGCUCGGGCCACCAGUGAGGUUCUCCAAGAGGUCAAGGUCUCAGGGAGCCUUGAGGUGUGCCCAAGCCCACGCAUCAUCCCCCCCUCCCCAACCUGUGCAGAGAAGGAGCUACCCUGGAAGAGUGGGCAGGGAGAUCUGGCAGUCUACGUGUCCUCGGAAACCACCAAGAUUGUGCCUGUGGACAUGCAGACAGGCUGGAACCAAAGCAUCUCGUCCCUGGAGAGCCUGGCAUCCCCACCCUGUACCCAAGCCCCAACUGUGACCCGCUUGCCUCCUUGCCCACUGGCUGCUGAAGAGCCUCAGCACCCUUUCAACCUGCCGUAUGAUCCACGCCCUAGCUUCGCCUUUCCCCCAAGCCUAGCCAAAGCUGGCCGCUCUCGCAGUGAAAGCAGCGCUGACAUCCCCCAGCAGCAGGAGCUACAGCCCCUCAUGGGAUAUGAGGACCGCACCCAUCUUAGUCCAGGCACAGCCAACUCCCACUGGUGCAUCCAGUUCAACAAAGGUAGCCGGCUGUAGCCCAAGACUCAAGGAGGAGUAGGAGGCUGGAUCCCCCAUGGGAAGUCUUCCCUGGGCAAUAGGCAGAGGCAGAGGAGCCCACUUAGCCUGACAGGGGGCCAGAGGAGCCUGAACUAGCAACUGGGCUUCCUUGUGGCAGGUCAGAAGGGUGUUGGGCUGGUCCUCACAGGGGCACUUUCACUACCCUCCCUGCUCCUAAUUCCUGCCAUCGUCCCUUUCACUAAGGCCCUUACCCUGGCUAAAGACCCAGUCCAGAGCUUCUAGGAGCUAGGCCCACCCACUUGGGAAGCUGAUGCUCUUUCCCCAGUGGACCCCCCGGGAGUCACUCUAGGCAGCUGUUCCUGCCCCCAAAGCAAGGCAUCAUUCCACAGCUAAUGCUGGCCUUUCCUGCCCUUCACUCACCCCAGCACCAGCUCAAGGACAGCACCCUGGCAAUGAGGCUCCUUGAGGGGCUGGUCCUCAGAGGCACUGGGGUGGGAGGUGGAGCAGGUCUCAACCUUAGGCUUUGUUACCUAUUGGGUCAGCUACCUAUAGCCAAUUUUUGAGGGGCAGUGGGAAUCUGUGUCCAAUUCUUGCUUUAUCUCCUACACUUUGCUGACAUUUAUUGGGGCCAUAGUUCUUUCUUUUACAGGAUCAAGGCCACAGGGCUGGGCCUCGCUUCAGAUCAGGGCUGUUUCUUGGCAGGGGUCACUCUGAAGAUAUGCUGCUCUGCAUCCAAGUCUGGAACUUUCAGAUCCCUGGGUCUAUAUUUUCUAAGGAGGGGAGAUAGUGGCCUCUGGGACACUACCACCUUGACAUUCCCCAAAUAGGAAAGAAGCCAGGUAUUCCAGGGCCACCACUCCACUGCUCUGGGGGCUGGGAUGCCUGGCUGAAGUAAUAAGGGGGCUGUCUGGGUGGCAGGUAACUUUCCUGGGGUUAGUACCUGCUUUGUGUCUUGUAUCUUGAACCUGAGACACAUUAAAUAUCUCUCAGAUG